AUGGAGCCGUCUAAUUCGGAGUUGAGCAUGCCCAUUGAAUCUUCAUCGACGCUAACAUCGCAUUCAUCAAAUUCGUCGCAAACCGAAAUCAAAGUCGAGAAUUUUGUGCAUCUUCAUCGUGGUGAAGAUACGCUGACAUGGUCCAUAAAGAUCUACCCAAAAGGCAAUGGUGAAAACAACAAAGAUUUUGUGUUUCUUUGCUUGAAUCGAGUAGUGAGCAACACAGCUGCGUCAUGCAAAAACGGCAAAAUAGGUUUCAAGUCGAGAUUCAUAUUAAGAACAAGCGAAAUGAAAGAGAUCGAAAUGCGAAUCCAUCCGAAUCCAUCCCAUUCCGAUUAUGUUUCUUAUAUAAAACGCGAUAUCCUCUUUCCACAAAUCCUACCAAAUGAUUCAAUUAUCGUCAAUGUUGAAAUCGAUGUAGCUGUUGAAACAAUCACAACAACUGUAGAAGAUAUGAUGUCGAGUAAUAGUGAACAACAGUUGACCGACGACUACCUGAAGAUGUUAAAAGAGAAUGUGCUAACGGAUUUUACGAUUAAAGUUGGUGAACGAGAGAUUCGUGCACAUCGAGCAAUUUUGGCCACUCGAUCACCAGUCUUUGCUGCAAUGCUUAGGCAUGAAGAUACGAAUGAAGCAAAAACGGGAGUGGUGGUUAUUGAAGAUUUGGAAUAUGAUACAGUAACUGAAAUGCUCAAUUUCAUUUAUUGUGGACGUUGUUUAAGAGAUGUGAAUGAGUUUUCAUUCGCAUCAGAUUUAUUGAUUGCGGCUGAUAAAUAUCGUCUGGAGGAAUUGAAAAGCCAUUGCGAGAAAGCACUGGUUCAGGCAUUAACGUUUGAGAAUGUUUGUGAAUUGUUGAUAAUUUCGGAUAUAUAUAGUGCGCCAAGACUCAGACAACGUGCCGUUGAGUUUAUAAUACAACAUCCACGUAAUAUCACUUCAACAUCUGGCUGGGAGAAUGUGGUUAGACAACAUCACGACCUUGUCACUGAUAUUGUGCGUCAUUUUGAUAAGUCGUUGGAUCGGUCUGGAUAA